UAUGUCUCAACAACACAGACCUCAGGCUGGACCCAGCAACGCGACGCCAAUGAACGUGCACCAGCAGCUAGACGAUAAUUCGAUAUCUGCCACCUUACUUGGUCCGUUAAAUGAGCUGCAAGCCCUUGCUCAUACCCUCUUCCUGGCGCUCUCCCCUCCUCAGUCAAAACCACCGCCUAAGCCUCAUGAGCAGGCGUUCCUACAGUGUGACAGAGCCCUGGCAUCUGCAAUCAACUUGGCCCACGCUCAUCAGAUACAGCAACGCAAGAUCGAUGCUCUAGAAGCGGAGAUCCUCGAGCUAGAUUCCCAAUGGCGCGACAUUUGCCAGGAGCUCGCAAGGGGAAAGGCGGAGUUGGAGGAGCUUAUAGAAGAGGGAGACGAGCGUAUCAAGGCCAUUGACGAGGCCAAGAAAGCUUCGAUACCGUAUCCUGAGCUUCUGACAUACGCUCAGACCCUUAGUGCCUUCACCUCGGCUCCGCCAAAUAUGCCCGACCUUUCUCUUCCCGGACAACCUCCGCCGCCGUUGUUCUUCCCUCCCUUCCCUAACGAAGAGAAGAUGCGCAGGGGCCGCCUUAAUGCAGAAGCACCUCUUGGUCUCCUCGGAGAAACACAUUCUGUGGGGCGCGCACCGACGGCCUCUCCCAAAAAUGAAGGCAUUCAAAACAUUCCCGGGGCAAAUCCAUAUCGGCAAGAUCUUCGCGCACCUCAGCCCCAGAUCUUUGAUCUCGACUUGGACUUGAAUCCCGAUUUAUA